CCUCCCUUUCGCGGGCGCCGAUUGGUGCCGGCGCCGCGCGAGGCGGGAGGGGGCGGUGGUUGGCCAGGGCGGGGAGCGGGAGCGGGGCCGGCGGCGGGGCCGGGGCCGGGACCGGGAGCGCGGUCGCGACCGGCGGCGAGCGGCUGCUGAUGAAACCGCAGCCGGGAGCGGAGGAGUCUUUGGACCUUCCUAUGAGCGGGACCUUUGGCUCGUAAAAGGCGCCUUCAAGAAGCUUCAGGGAAGGGAGGAGAAGGGACAAAGGAGCGGCCGGAGGAGGGAGCAGCCCCCGUCCUGGAGCAGGGGGGCCUGGGGGGCUGCAGGAAGCCGCUGUAUGUGGAGGGUUUGGACAAAAUGCUUUCUCUGAAGAAAUACUUCACCGAAGGCCUCAUCCAGUUCACCAUCCUGCUCAGCUUGAUCGGCGUGCGCGUGGACGUGGACACCUACCUGAACUCACAGCUCCCCCCGCUCCGGGAGAUCAUCCUUGGCCAGAGCUCCGCUUACACCCAGACCCAGUUUCACAACCUGAGGAACACCUUGGACGGUUAUGGCAUCCACCCAAAGAGCGUAGACCUGGACUAUUACUUCACCGCUCGCAGGCUGCUCAACCAGGUGAGGGCCCUGGACAGGUUUCAGGUGCCCACCACCGAAGUCAGUGCCUGGUUGGUGCACAGAGACCCCGAAAGCUCCGUGGCUGGUGCUCAGCCCAGCGCCGGCAUCGCCCUCGAGAACAGCGGCGGCCUCCAGGAUGGGAGCAGCCCCGACGCCGGGGUGAGGGAGAGCGGAGCUGAGCAAGGCUUUGGGGAAGAACUGGAAGAUCUGGGAGCGGUGGCUGCCCCUGCGAAUGGAGACCUGACCAAAGAGGACAUCGAUUUGAUUGACAUCCUGUGGAGACAGGAUAUCGAUCUCGGCGCUGGGCGAGAGGUUUUCGACUACAGCCACCGGCAGAAGGAGAGCGAAGUGGACAAAGAGCUGAGCGAUGGGAGGGAGUGCGGGGACGGCUGGAGGAGAGACGUCCUGGACAGGAACCUCCUAGUUGAUGGAGAGACCGGCGAGAGUUUCCCUGCGCAGGUGCCUGGUGCGGAGGAUCAGACAGCCCUGUCCCUGGAGGAGUGCCUUAGGCUGCUGGAGGCCACCUUCCCGUUCGGGGACAAUUCGGAGUUUCCAGCUGCGGAUGUGUCCACCCUGAGCGAAGCCGUGCCCGGCGAGAGCCGGCCCGCGGGCGGCCAGCCCGGCCUCCUGCCCCCCCUGCUCGCCGAGGCCGAGUCACCCUUCGACCUGGAGCAGCAGUGGCAGGACCUCAUGUCCAUCAUGGAGAUGCAGGCUAUGGAAGUGAACAGCACGACCGCUGAGCCCCUGUACAACGGCACGAGCGGGGACCUGCUGGCCUCCAACUACAGCCUCGCCCCCAACACUCCCAUCAACCAGAACGUCAGCCUGCAUCAGGCCUCCCUGGGUAGCUGCUCGCAGGACUUCUCCCUCUUCAGCUCGGAGAUCGAAAGCCCCUCCAUGGCCGGCGGCUCGGCCCUGCUCCAGCUGGCGCCGGACAACUCCACCGGCCUCAACAGCACCUUCGGCUCCACCAACCUGAGCGGCAUCUUCUUCCCCCCGCAGCUCAAUGGCACGGGCAAUGAGACGGCGGCCCCCGAGCUGCCCGACCCGCUCGGGGGGCUCCUGGACGAAGCCAUGCUGGACGAGAUCAGCCUGAUGGACUUGGCCAUCGAGGAAGGGUUCAACCCAGUGCAGGCCUCGCAGCUGGAAGAGGAGUUUGAUUCCGACUCAGGUCUUUCUCUGGAUUCUGGCCACAGUCCUGCUUCUCUGAGCAGCUCCGAAGCCUCUUCCUCGUCGUCUUCUUCCUCCUCGUCCUCUUCCUCCUCCUCGUUUUCGGAGGAAGGAGCUGUCGGCUACAGCUCAGACUCGGAAAACGUGGACUUUGAAGAAGCGGAAGGGGCGGUUGGAUACCAGCCAGAGUACAGCAAGUUCUGCCGCAUGAGCUACCAGGACCCGUCGCAGCUCCCCUACCUGCCUUACCUGGAGCACGUUGGCCACAACCACACCUACAACAUGGCACCGGGCGCCCUGGAUCCCGAGGAGCCCAAAGUGCCCAGCGGCGGGAAGAAGAGCAGCAAGGAGAAGCCGUCCGAGUUCCUGGAUAAACAGCUGAGCAGAGACGAGCAUCGAGCCAGGGCCAUGAAGAUCCCUUUCACCAACGACAAGAUCAUCAACCUGCCCGUGGAGGAGUUCAACGAGCUCCUCUCCAAGUACCAGCUGAGCGAGGCUCAGCUGAGCCUCAUCCGCGACAUCAGGAGGCGAGGCAAGAACAAGAUGGCUGCGCAGAACUGCCGCAAGAGGAAGCUGGACACCAUCCUCAACUUGGAACGGGACGUGGAGGACUUGCAACGGGACAAGUCCAAACUGCUCAGGGAGAAAGUGGAAUUCCUUAAAUCCAUCCGGCAGAUGAAGCAGAAGGUGCAGAACCUUUACCAGGAGGUGUUCGGCCGCCUGCGGGAUGAGAACGGGCAGCCCUACUCGCCCAGCCAGUACGCGCUGCAGUACGGCACCGACGGCAGCGUCCUGCUGAUCCCGCGCGGCGGCGCCGAGCAGCCGGCGCGGCGCCAGGACCGCAAACAGAAGGACCGGAGGAAGUGACGGGAUCGGCGCCGCGGGAGGAGCGGGACACACGUUCACCAGGGAGAACUGGAGAAGGGCUGAGCCUGGAAGUACUUAGAGGGAACUUUCCUGCCUUCUUAUCCGAUAUUAUCUUCUCGAAACCACAACCCCCACCAAACCCAACCCACGCCACUAAAGGUGACUGCUGCCGGCGGGACACGCUGCGCGAGCUGCAGGCGGAGCGCUGGGGGCUGCCCGCGGCCGGAAUUCCACAGCCUUGGAAUGCUUUGAGCGCAGGACACGGGCUGGGCAGCACGGGCGGUGGGAUUGGCAGAGGCGGAGAAACAAACUACUGUUAGGAACUGGCUUUAAAUAAGAGAGAGAGAGAAAACAAAAAGAGAUUUAAGCAGAAUGAACUUAAACCAAGUGAUAGGAGAGACAUUUUUCUGAACUUCCAAAGUUCUGUGAUUUCAGGUAGUUGGUUUAUUUUAUUUGAUUUUUUUUUUUUUUUUUUUUUUUCUUUUCCUCCUCUAUUUUAUUUUCCCUUUUUAUUAUUUUCGGGUUCUUUUUUUUUUGCUCCCCUUUUUCCCUCAACCCCUUUUUUGCCAUCGGUGUGUGUGACUCGAGCCGACCGAAUCCCAGCGGUACCCAACAUCCCUUCCCAGAGCCGAGCAGCCGUGACUUCCAUUAACCCUUCCCAGCCUUCCGGAAGCUCGCAGGGAGAACCGGGUACGUGCGGAGGGGUUUGGGAAAGGGGGGAGGGAUGGGACUGGAGAGGGAUAACCGGGUGUCCCCCCCCCCGGUUCAUCACCACACUCGGAGCAUGUCACUGCCGCCGCGCCAGCGCCGUGCUGGGCCGGCACACGCAGCAGCCUGCAUGCAAACGCUGUCACCUCCCACCCGAGGGCCGGGAGCUGCUGGGCAAGAAGGUUGGGGGGUCAUUGGGGGCUCCCCCCUCACCCCCCGGCAGUGCACAGCACAAGGGGAGCAGAGGGUUUAAACCCCCCCCCCCCCCAUCCCCAAGCCGUGGGCUUGUCACUUAUAGAACUUAUAGACAGCCGUUAGGAUUCCUGUUCCGUAACCGCGCUUUGAUUUCUUGGGGCUUCAGCCCUGGUUUUUCCCUCUCGGGUCUUGAGUGCUUGUGUUUGAGUAAAACAAAACAAGGGAGAAGCCCGAACGUUCAAAGCUGCUCAAUGUUCUCUUUGCCAUAAAGAUUCCGUGUAACCGUGUGAUCACAUUAUAGGAUUCUCUUCUGUCCCUAGGUGUUGGUCUGACUUCCUUUGUUUUCAGGAGGGGGGUGGGGGUAGUGCCUUGAUCACUGUCCGUCUCCGCCACGGAGGCGAUCCUAGAAGCUGGAUUUCCAGUAUAGCACAGCUGGGAGCGAACCGACUUUACCAGCAACUGACAAAAACCAAGCUUACAAACAAACACAACAAAAAAAAAAGGCUUUUUCCAAGCCAGUCCUGUGCGUGUGGGUCGGGCUGAGGGAAGGACUCGGGCUGGUAACUCAAGGGAAGGAAACCUGGUGCAGGCAGGAGAGAGGCCUGGAGUGGCCGUGGCGGGGAAAAGGUGGUUGGAUCUCGGGGCUGGGGGGGGUCGGUGGUGGUGGGAUGAGCCCGGGAUGGCCUCAGCCCUGAGCAAUCCCAUCCCGCGCUCCUUGAGCUCCAAUGGCUGGCCUUGGGCACGAGACGAAGCACAAGAGAGGUGGAGCUGUGGGUGCGGGGAGGUUGGAAGGGAGCCCUGCGCGGAUGUGUUAAAUUAUUUUUCCUCUUAGAAACUUUUAUUUGGAAUGCUCUGUGACCUGUCAGGGAAAGAAGAGAGAUUGUGUGAGCACAGGACAAAAAAAAAAAUAAAACGGCUUAUUCACUGUACGA